GCAGCAACUGACGAAGCGGCGAUCAUCAGACUAAAAAACGUAAGUGAGGGAGAAUAUUCUAGAAGGGAACGAACGAUGGUGCUGUGGGAGAUAACUCUGGGAACAGCCUACUUCUUGGGGCUGAGGCGGACUUAUAGGCUCGCCUUGAAGAUCCAACGUCGGAUUGUUAGUCCGAAGAAUCCGAAGAUCCGUCAAUUUCUUCAUCGGAGGACUCGUAAAAUUUUCGAUGUGGCAGUUUCCGUUCACAAGAACAUUCAGCAUAGAGACAUUGAAGUUGGUCGGAAUCUCGGCAACUGGAUUCUCCGUUGGCUCGACCGGAUGAAACCAGCUGCUCAGAUCCGUACUCGACCUGAACCAAACUCCAACGUUGACAAGGCAAAAAGUCUAUCGGAGUCGAGUCGUCCCAAAUCAAACACGACGCAGAGUCCACAAAAACGUGAAUCCGAUAGGCACUUGUUCUCUUCACUGAAACACUUCCAGCACAGCCCGACCGUCUCUACCAUGAUCCAGCCACCUAGACCUAAUGGAAUUACUACUCAGUUCAGGCAUUACAGUGCCGGUGCAGCCGCCAGUCUGAUUCCUCCGAGCUAUGUAAGAGGCAGCGGGUUCGAUGGUGUAAUCAGGAAGGACAUUUUGCAGUGGAUGUUACAGAGAUGACAAUCAAGCAUCAAAAUCUCCCUCAUCUUUUUCCCGACAUUAUUGAGCACCUUUGUACUUUUUAAUUCCAUAAACUAAUGUCUUAACCAAUGAUGUAAAGUUUCCAAGCGUGAAUUACGCUCACUUGGCCA